AUGCCGCUGUACAAAAAAGACAUCAAAGACAGAAAAGACAGAAGAAGAGGUGGAGGUGGCGGUUUGAUGAUGCUGAUCCUCAACAGUAUCCCCCCUCCAUCAAACAGCUGCCAGAAAAAGACACAUCUAAAAGUCAAGCCGUCCCAAACUCAUUCAGGAGACCUAAACGCCCACAACGUGCUUUGGCACUCCAGCAUUUCAGACUCCCGCGGCAAAGCACUUGCAUCCAAGGUGAACAAUUCCAACUGCGGCACACCAAACAUGGAUACCUGCCUCCUUCAAAUGGUCAGCCCACUUCUCCCGAUGUCCCAAUCAAAUCAAACACUCAAUAACAAGUAUGGACUGGUCCAUGCUGAUUGCACUUUCCUCUGA